GUUCCACCCGGAAAAUGAAAAAAAAACGCGUAUACAAAUUUCCUAUCAAUUGUCCCAUCAACUCCUUGAAAAACUAUCAAGUAUUUAAUACCGAAGGAGCCACGUUAAAAGUUUAUCACAUUCCCGGACACACGACCGAUCACGUUAUGUUAACCUUGGAAGAGGACAAAGCUUUGUUUUGCGCAGACUGCGUGCUCGGCGAAGGGACUAGCAUAUUCGAAAACUUAGAAGAUUAUCUGGAAUCUUUACAGUUAAUAUUAAAGUUAAACCCUGUUGUGAUGUAUCCUGGACACGGUUCUGUGAUUAACAAUACCGUUCAACGAGUUAACAAUUACAUACAGCACAGAAUCGAUAGAGAACGAGAAAUUAUUAAAAUACUCAGUGAACAUCCCUUACAAACCAUGACGAUAAAAGAUUUUGUAGAUGUCAUUUAUAAGGGUAUCUCCAAAAAAUUACAAGAAGUCGCAACGAUCAGCGUGGUGCAGCAUCUUUUAAAGUUGAAAAAAGAGGGCAAAGUUUUAGAAAUUGACGAUCACUGGAAAAUCAAUAAAAAAUCAAAUUUGUGAUACACUUAAUUUUAAAAAUUUUUUUUUUUAAUAACACAAUAUUGUUUUGUCGUUACCGCAAAUCGUUGCAAACAAAGUGGUAUAAUGUUGGAAGCUAUAAACAUUGUUCAACAUUUUUAUAAGUGGUUUGGGUUGAAUUUAUUGUUAUUUUGUUGUACUCUGGAUGUAGUUCAUUAUAUUGUUGUUGAUAUAUUUAUACACAUAUACAUUUUAAUAUUUAUAAAUAACUAAUAUAAUAUAAUACCAUAUUGUUACACAAAAGACUUGAACGUAUGAUGUGCAUAGUUUUU